CGUUUGGUCUGCUCUGAAUAUUUUUGGAUAAAUCAGCCUGUCUUGCCUAUCUACAAGACAUUUUGAGCAAAUCUUUACAACGAAAAUAAAGAUGAAUAGUGGUUGGAAGCCAGGACAAAAGAAGUCAAAGGGCAUUACUGCUGGUAGAAAAGGUGUAUAUGAACGGCACUGCAAAGCAUCAGCUGAUUUGGAUAAUGCCCUUGGUGACCUUCUUGGAGACGAUGACUCACUUUCACUUGAUUCUCCGAAACCAAAGAAAGUAUCAGCAAAGGCCUCAUUCGGUGGAAAAGGAAAAACAAGUGGUCGGGAUGAUGAUUUCUAUAGCAGCCUUGCAGCAGAUGCUGACUAUUCUGAGCUGUCCAUAUCGGAGGCAGAUCCAAAUGAGAUGGCAAAAUCUUUAGCUGGCUUUGAUGACAUGGAGGCUGAUCUCUUUGGUUCCAAAAAAGCCACGCCAGGGAAGAAGAAUGCCACUAACCCAAUGGGUAGAACAUCAUCCCCUCAGAGAAACUCUACCCCUCCCAAGGGAGCUCUGAGACCCUCGACUGCUCCAGAGUCUACAGUCAAGAAGACAGUGACAUUCUCACCACCACAGACCCCAACAAAAAAGGCAGAGUCAAGUGAACUGAAGCCGACGUCAAGGAAUAGUAAUGUUAAAGGAGAGGUCAGAGCUAAAGUGGAGAAAAAGAAAAUCGAUUUUGGAGAAAUGGAUGAAGAUGAUCCAUUAGCGGGGUUAUUGUCCGAUGAUGAAGAAGAAUUUGGAAUCAGGAAGAAAACUCCCAAGAAAUCGACAUUGAAGUCCAGUGCAACUGUUGAGGCUCCUAAAGCUGAGAAGCCUCCUUCCCCAAGAGUUGAAGUUGUGGAGGAGAAGAAAGAAGCAGGCCCCAGAAGUAGAAUGUUGGAUGUUGAUCGACCCCCUACGAGAAGUGGUCCAAAGUUGGAUGAGUUUGCAGAAGUUGCAACAGCUCCUGCACCUGUAAAGAAACCUGUUUCAAGGCGGAAGGAAGCAGAAAUCACGUUUGAUGAUGACGAUGAUGACGUUCUCGGAGAUAUGCUUGGAAUAGAAGAGAAAGUCCAAGAAAAAAGUGCUGACACUCCUGCAGAAAAUGUUGUUGACAAACCUGCUGAUGGUCACUGGAUGACCUAUUCUAAUGGAAAAUGGCUUGGUUUCGAUGAUGAAGCACCCAAAUCGAGAAAGAAAACUCCUGAAGAAGAGGAGAACAAACCAGCCAAGUCCAUCAUGGAUUCACUGCUGGGGAAGUCAACAGAUGUCAGCAAACAUCUGGAGAGACCAGGAUCUGGUGCUGUGACAAAAAAAGAAUUUGUCCUGGAUAAGAAAUACACACAAAAAGAGGAAAAACCAAAAGAGUCAACAGAAGAGGAUUUUCUCUUUGGGAGUUACCGCCCGUCAUCUGCCCCAUCACGCUCUGCAGGUCAGGGAAGGCGGGGCCCCGUAUUAGAUGAAGAUCUAGACGAUAUGUUCGGAUCUGGAUCUGACCGCCCUACCACGCGGCUUGGAGAGUUAUCGGCAACUAUGGAUGCACCGACUAGCCGUGGUGGCAUGUCUGGUACUGUCGAUGGACCAAGUCGGCGUGGCAUGUCUGCAACAGUGGACGGAUCAGAGGAUUGGCUGAGUAAAGCUUUGAAAGAUUCCGACGCUGAUGCUAAGCCUAAGAAGGAGACUACAAAAGCCAAGGCAGCUGCGUCUGAGCCUGGAGAUUGGCUUGGCUUGGGUGAGGAGAAAGGCAAGGAGGAAAAAGACCCAGGUGAUUGGCUUGGUUUCGGCAGUACAAAGGCCGAGACAAAGGCUGACCCGUCAGAUUAUUUAGGCCUUGGAUCAGCCCCCUCAGCUCCUCAGCCAAAGAGAGGUGAUGAUUGGCUUGCACUGGGUGAAGAGAAAGAAGUUACAGUACCUCAACAAAAGGUUGACCCAAAAGCUGCCGUCCAACCAGAACCCAGUGAACAAACAACAGCCGACCUGCCAUCAAUGCCUCCAUACAGUCCCCCACACGGUCCAGGGUCUGGCGGACAGAGGCGUAACAGAAUGGCUGAGAUAGGAGACUUGUUCUCCACAACCACGGCUGCCUCGGAUAUGAGCAGCACAGGCAGCAGGAGGGGAGGUCGAAGACGGCUUGGCAGCGACAUGAGAACAGGCUCCCUCGACUUGGGUGAUAGCAGACCGCCAACAGCUGAAUUCGGUGUCGAUCUCGGCCUCAAUUCUGGCCCAAAGGUGGCACAGGCCCAGCCGAGUGUGGUUAUGCCUGACACUGGUGUUACUGCACAGUUGAGGGAGAUGGAGCAACAACAAGCUGCCUUGAAAAUGAAGCAAGAGGAACUUCUCAGAAAACAGCAACAAGAACAGUUGGCGCUCCAGAAAAAGAUGCAGGAGGAGCAGAUUUUGGCACAGCAGAAACAGAGGCAGGUGAUGGAGAUGCAGCUUCAGCAGCAGCAGGCAAAGAUAGAGGAGGAAUCUAUGAGACUGCAGCAACAGAUGAUGCAGACGUCAUCUGUCGGUUAUGGGCCCAUGACGUUUGGUACCCCGUUGAUGUCAUCAUCGAUGAUGGUCACGAGCCAGGUUGAGAUGGAAGGACAGGUCAAGAAGUCGGAGCUGGAGAAAGAAUUCCUACAGAGUAUGUUGGAUACAAUCAAAAAGAGACACCAGGAAGAGAUAGAGGCUCUUGAGCAAUCAAAUAAGAGUAGAAUACAAAUGAUGGAGGAAUCUUUCCAAAGGCGAGAGGCACGCCUUAGAGAAGACAACGAUCACCUUGUCUCGCAAAAUCUGUCCAAGGUUCGCGAGAUGGAGCAAGAGCGUACCAACCUCAUCUCCGCCAACCAUCGGAAGCUGCAAGAGUGGGAGAAAGAUAAGGCAGAUGAGAUGGAGAGGAUUAAGGAUAUCCAUCGGAAGGGCAUUAACGAUCUGAGGAAGGAGCAUGAGGAGGGCAUGGAGAGGCUGAGGAUGGCCAGGGACCACGAGAUACAGGCAGUCACUAAUGUCCAGUCGCAUUCAAAAUCGUUACAAAAUGUGAUGGAUAAGAUAGAAUACCAGGCGCGGAAUCUCGGCGAUCUACAUCAGAAGGUUGAAGGACAACACGGUAGUAACCUGGACGACCGAGAAAGGGUCAUGCAUGAAAAGGAUACACACUUGAAAGUGCUAGAAGAUCGGCUACGAAAACAGCAGGAGGACAACAACCAUGAGAGGACGCGGUUACAGGAGUUAAUCACCAAGAUGGAGAUGCAGCUACGCGAGCAAACAAGACAGCUGGAUGCGGAACGUUGGAAUGUGAAGCAGGAGCAGAAUAAACUGGAAGGUCUGCAGAUUCAGGUGGAUGAAGAGAAGAGGAUACUGGCUGAUCAGGCUGCAAGGGACAGGAAAGAAAUGCAGAAAUCUAAGGACUCGCUUCUCUCUGAACAGAGGACGAUCAUGGCACAGUUGUAUGAAGAGAGGAGGGCGCUGGCAGAGGAGAGGACGGAGUUUGUGAUACAGCAGAAGUUAUGGAUGGAGAAGAAGGAGAAAGAAUCAGUCAUGAUGAUGCAGGUCACAGCAGAGAGAGAUGGCACAUUGAGGACGCUAGCGGAUGAGAGAGCGCAGACAGCUUCACGGUCAGCUGAGGUGAAGAAAGAAGAGGAGAGAAUCGCAGCGAUCGUGAACACCUUGGAGAAGGAGCAGAGAGGUGUGGAGGAGGAGAAGCGUAGGAUUCAAGACUUCGCUGUUCAGCUCAAGAAACGCUCGGAAGAGAUUGAGGAAAUGGGUUUAAGUGCUGCCAGGGCACGCGACGAAGGCCAGGAAGCUCUGAUCGCAGCGAGGAAGACAGAAGCUGAGCAGAAUGCCCGGUUACAGAAUAUACAGACACAGCUCCAGGCAUUGAGGAACAAAGAGAAACAGAUGGCUCAGGAGCGGCUGUCAUUGUCCAAAGACAAGAGAGAUGUUGAGAAUGCUAGGAAAUCCGUCCUCUGUAUGAAUUGUCGGACGCCUGUUAGAGAUACUGGUGCAGGCCCAUCAGAUCAAGCAAUGUUACAACCUGUGCAUGUCCAAGCCUGGCCAAAACAACCACUUCAGGACCCCCCAAAUGAGUGGCCUGAACAGCCAAUUCCGAGACACUUGAAUGGGUGGUACUCACAACCUAUUCAUUUAGGCCAGAAUAAACAUUUAGAGACAGAUUUGGCUGCCAUCCAUGCUUACCACUCCACACCCCACCCCAUGACUGUCCAAUCCACAACCAAAGGGCAAGUCAUCUCAGCCACGAUAGAGUUGGACAAGAACUACAGACUUUGGCAGAUUGAUGCAGAAAGGGACAAGGAUUUCUUGGACGAUGAGACGGCUUUUCUGGAGGCGCUCAAACACACACCAUAUCAUAAAUCCAUGAAGGCCUUAUGAGGAAUAGGAGAGCUAUAUCAUGAGUAGAACCCUCUCGUCCAAGCUGGCUUGGAGAAAACAUGCGUGAAACUUUAAAAGGAUCAGGACUCUGCUCACUGCUACUUUCCUCUAAGUUGCAUAGCUUGGGGACUUAGGCAGACUGAUCCAAGUCAAAUUGAUCCGGAACUGAUUUGUACAUGAAGGACUUUAGAUGUAGCAGAUUUAUUUGUAGGACGUUGCUUAUUUGGAAAAUAGUUGUAGUGAGUGCUUCAUGAUGUGAUUUGCAGACACCACUGUCAAUAUUACUGUCAAGUCUUAAUUCAAUCAUCUCAUCCAUGCAGAUCCAUCCCAUUUGUAACCAUUUGGAAAACACUCUUAAUAUCACUGUCAUGAACUGAUUCAAUCAUCUGAUCUACUGAGGCCUGUCUCAUUUGUAACCAUUUGGUAAUCGUGUCUGCAGAAAAAAAGACCAUGAAAAUAGAUUUCCCCAGUCACAUUCAAAGUAAUAUGUUUCUUGAUGAAGUUGGGAAAAGGUCUUGUGUGGGCAACUUGCAAAGUAAGCGGUCAACUCUCUGGCUUCUAGUUCUGGAGGACCCCAGAAGAUGGAAGCAUAGAUCCCUGUUGUAUCAUUCAGAUGACAGAUAAAGGACAAUUACAAUGGUUGUUUUGGGAAAAUGUUGUCUGUCUGCAUAUGCCACAGAAAUACAGGUCAUUAUUUUUUCACCAGUGUGUAGGAUGAUACAGACAGUUAGCGCCAUAACACUUUUCAGCAAUUUUUUUUUCAUAAUUGUUGGCAAACGUGCUUAUGGUCCAUGGAAAAAUGUGACACUAAUCUAAUUCAGUCUGCAAUUAUCUCGCAACCAAAAAGAAAACACAACGUAGCAGAGUCUGUACUAAAAUAAGUGUCAGAUGCUGCUUUAAAGUGAACUUGCCCCAUCUAUCUGGUUGGGACUUUGUAAACAACAAGACAAAUUGAGGACAAAUAGAAACUUUGCUUAAACACUACGGAAUCUCUUUCCAUGCGACACUGCAAUGAUAACUAUGAUUUGUUAUGUAUUUCCAUUGCAACAAUGAUCAUUGUGCUCAGUUCUGUUGUGAAGGAAUAGGAAUAAGUUUGGUACAUUUUCACAGCCAACGGAAAUACACUUUUGUGGAAUCGAGGCCCUUAACAUACAUAUUGAGUUGAGAAAGUGUCCUUGAUACAUUAUUACCAUAUGAAACUGUAAAUGCGUCCAUUGUGGUUCUUGUGAUGUACAUUACAUGAUGUAAUGUAACAAUAAGUUGGAGAUUUAGUUGACGACUCUGGAAAUUUUAUAUUACACAAUUGCGAUAUGAUGUAACUUGCAAUAAUUGGUGGCUACCAUUGUUUGGUACAAGAUUAACAAGUAACCUAAUUCGGGUCCAAUGCCUUCAUGGACUCCUUGUUAUGACAUUGUACAUGACAAUGAUUUUAUCACCAUGGUAAAGAUCCCUCCAUUAAAUAUGUAUGCAUCACAAAUUGUUGCUGAUCUGGUAAAUUCAGGCUAUGAUACAGUACAAUUUGCACUCUGUGAUAUGAACAUGUAACUGUAGUUUAACAGUUUCAGUUCUAGCAUGCAGUUGAAGAAGUACAAGCUUAGAAAUUAGAGGACAUUUUUAUUCUUUGUAUUGCAAUUUUGUAUGCAAAUUGUAAAUGUUUGACUAAAGGCAUACUUUCAUUGUAAAACAAGUCAUGUAAUUUGUAAUAGACUUGCAUCAACAUUUUGUUAUUUACAAACAUUUUUAUAGAUAUUUUA